AUGGAUCCCGAAAGCAAGAAGAAGUGUACCGACGUCGUGGAGCAUUUCUUCAAGCUCGAGAGCUGCGAGCCGUUCCGUGAGCGUGUCAACUGGGAGGAGUGGGGGCUGUACGACUACCUGCAGGUCGUCAAGGAGCCCAUGGACCUGGGCACCAUCCGCAGCAAGCUGGGCAAGAACGAGUACAAGAAGCCGGCGGAGUUUGCGCGCGACAUGCGCCUGGUGUGGGACAACUGCAAGCUCUACAACCAGGAUGGCUCCGACCUGUACCUGCUGGCUGACGAGCUCGCCAAGAAGUUCGAGGACCGGGUCAAGGCCAUGAAGCUGGACGUUGGUCCCGUGCCCAAGGCGGACAAGAGCAUCCCGGCUCCGAGUCUGGAGGAGAAGAUUUACUUCAGCCAGAACAUCUACAAGGUCGCACCCAAGGACUUAGGCUCGAUCGUGGAGCUGCUGGAAGAGCAGUGCCCCAAGGCGCUGGACAAGAGCUCGCCGGAUGAGGUGGAUAUCGUCGUCGACAACAUCGACAACAAGACGUUUCGCGACCUGGAGAAGUUCGUGAUGGAGAAGGUGCCGGAGGGCAGCCGCGAGCCGAUCGCCACGCCCAAGUCCUCGAAGAAGUCACGGCGACCACCUAGCAAGAAGACGAAAACCGAUGCGUGAUCGACCGACGAUGAAUGCUUUUUGAGUUUUCCC